CAAAUAAUCUCCCCCGCUCCAAAACAAGAGCGGCAGCUGCAGCAGCAGAAGAAGCGGAAGCAGCCAUGGAUCUGGAACUUGCUUCCAUGGCGUCAGCGAUCGGAGUCUCUGUCCCAGUUGCUCGUUUCCUCCUCUGCUUUGUCGCGACCAUACCCGUCAGCUUCAUCUGGCGCCUCGUCCCAGGUGGGCCCCUCCUCAAGCACAUCUACGCCGCCUUCUCGGGGGCCGUCCUUUCCUACCUCUCCUUCGGAUUCUCCUUCAACCUCCAUUUCCUCGUCCCCAUGACCCUUGGAUACGCGUCCAUGCUCUUCUGCCGCCGCUACUGUGGCAUCAUCACCUUCUUCGCUGGCUUCGGAUACCUCAUCGGAUGCCAUGUGUACUACAUGAGUGGGGAUGCAUGGAAGGAAGGAGGCAUUGAUGGAACUGGAGCUCUAAUGGUGCUGACGCUGAAAGUCAUUUCAUGCUCAAUAAAUUACAAUGAUGGGUUAUUGAAAGAAGAAGGCUUGCGUGAUGCACAGAAGAAAAAUCGAUUGCUUCGAUGCCCUUCGUUAAUUGAAUAUUUUGGUUACUGUCUCUGCUGUGGCAGCCACUUUGCCGGCCCAGUUUAUGAAAUGAAGGAUUAUCUUGAAUGGACGGAAAAGAAAGGGAUUUGGAGCCCUUCUCAGAAAGGACCAUCACCAUCACCUUAUGGAGCUACCUUGCGUGCUGUUGUUCAAGCUGCAAUAUGCAUGGGCUUCUACCUGUAUCUGGUACCUCAUUUUCCACUGUCUGUGUUUACGGAUCCAAUAUACCAAGAAUGGGGAUUCUGGAAACGGCUGGGCUACCAGUACAUGGCUGGAUUUACAGCGCGUUGGAAGUACUAUUUUGUCUGGUCAAUCUCGGAGGCUUCCAUCAUCAUAUCUGGUUUGGGGUUCAGUGGAUGGUCUGAUUCUGUCCCUCCCAGUCCCAAAUGGGACCAUGCGAAAAAUGUUGAUAUUCUUGGUGUUGAGUUUGCAAAGAGUGCGGUCGAGCUACCUCUUGUGUGGAACAUACAAGUCAGCACCUGGCUACGUUAUUAUGUGUAUGAAAGGCUCAUUCAGAAAGGGAAGAAACCUGGAUUUCUUCAGUUGCUGGCGACACAGACUGUUAGCGCUGUUUGGCAUGGAUUAUACCCUGGAUAUCUCAUAUUCUUCGUUCAAUCAGCACUAAUGAUUGCUGGUUCAAGAGCUAUAUACAGAUGGCAGCAAGCUGUUCCCUCGAAGUUGGGUUUUCUUCGGACAAUACUGGCAUUUUCAAACUUUGCAUAUACAUUACUGGUCUUGAACUAUUCCUGCGUUGGUUUCAUGGUGUUGAGCUUGCACGAAACACUUGCUUCAUAUGGGAGUGUGUAUUACAUUGGAACCAUUGUUCCGAUUGCAUUGAUCCUUCUGGGUUAUAUUAUCAAACCAGCAAAGGCUGGCCGGCCCAAAGCUCGGAAGGAACAAUAAAGGGAAGACAGGUGAAGACCGCAUUAGAGCGAUGGAGAAAGAAAUGGAAAUGGCGAAGCGGUCUUUGUAUUUUUCCCCAUAUUUUUGAGAAAUUGUUAUACUUUUUCUUCUUUUGUAGGUGGCAGUAAUUUCUGUUUCCCCACCUUUCUCGUAGCUCUGCCCAGAUUGUAAACUAUACAUUUAACUGAGGCAUUGCUUCUAUCUUUUACAGCCUUUGUGGCCUUUCAUCC